AUCGACUGGAAAGUUGUUAAUGAAAGACGAAGGCGUCAGAAACUUCGGCAACUCCAAGUUGAAAACGAGGAGUUAAAUAGCAAGGUUAACCAUUUUCUCACGAGAGUCGACGAGUUUAACAAACGGCCCAUAUCGGGGAAGUCAAACAAAGUGAAAGUUAGUAAAGGAGAUGCAAUUUUAGCCAAGUUGUUAAAAAUGCAAGAAAUUCUUGAACUGUCUAAAUCUGUUGGUUGCUGA